CAAAACUUGCAACUUGUCGGUGAAAAUUGUCCUAAUUUACCCAUAAAAUGUAUUUACACGGGCAUAGCAUGCAGAUAUUCAGUGAAGGGAAUCACCGGGCUACGAAAUAAAGUCACCGUUUUUACAGGAUGUCAUCUGAACAUAAUUUCACGUGUUUUGCGAUAGCAUGUGUGGACAUUAUAAAACUGCCACUCAUAGAUAUUUUGACUGAUUGUAUUAAGCCUAAAGAGCUUUGCAACGAAAUAAAAAAAUCAUCCUCGUUAAGUACUGGGAAAAAUAAACUUCUCCCAGACCAAUUAAAAAAGUGUUCCGUUCUUCCACCCGGCCAGCCUAUCUACAAGGAGUUUGAUGUUUCUUUGCUAUACACUCUUAUUAGAAAUCUAUGCUCUUCAUUUAAACCAACACAAGGAUGGGGAACAGAGCCAAAAACCACGGAUAUGAAGGAUGGGGAUGACAUCGAACGUCUCAGGUUGUUUAGAAACAACUACUAUGGACAUGCCGACUCGACAAAACUGGCUGACGGCGAUUUUGAAAAUCUGUGGAAAGAAUUAAAAUCUGUGAUCAAAAGACUUCAAACGAAAACAUGGAGCAAAACUAAUUAUGAAGAAGAGUUGAAAAAAGUAGAAAAUCAAAGAUUUACAAGUAGAGAUUUGGAAAUGUACAAGUCCUAUCUGGAAGUCACACUCCGGUUGUGGAAACAAGCCGAAGGAAAAGAUGAUCCAGAAGUUUCCUUAAGAGGUUCAAAUGAAGUACUAUGUGGAAACAAAGCGCGUUUUGAGUUGGAAGUGAAACACGCAGAUCCCACCGAUUAUAAAGUCACAUGGUAUAAAUCGAAAGGAAAAUCCAAAGAACAAAUUGAAACAAGAGAUGAGAAAUAUAUUGGUAGUUCCGACGAACAGCUUAUUAUUAACGUCGUGUGUAUAGAGGACGAAGGAUAUUACGAAGCUGAUCUCUCAAGAGAAUCAAACGGGAACACAUUAAUAGUCAGCAAUAAAAUUCAUCUAAUUCCUAAAGGAGAAAAGCCACAUUAUGAAGAAUGCAAGGUAACAACAGGAAGGGAAGGAAUUACUAUUCAUUAUAAUUAUAGAGUUCCAGAGAAGUUACCAAAAGUGCAAGAGAUAAAGUGGACAAAAAAUGGAGCUCAACUGGAUUGCGGAGGAGAUAAAUAUAAAGGUGGAGGUUUAAAUGACAAGAGUUUCACAAUUACUUCACCAGCUGAAGACGACAGAGGUACCUACUCAUGUACAGUGAGAAAUCCAGUGGGAUCGGAGACAAAGAAUUUUGAAUUCGACGUUCCAAAAGCAACUAUUCCAACAAUACUAACAGUUUGUUAUGGAUCCGAAACAAUAUUUAACCCCGAAGUUGUAUCUUGCCCACUGCCUGACGGAGUGCGGUGGCAGAAAAGCAAAUUUGAUGAAAACGAAAGAUUUGAAUGCAUCGACAUCAACGAAGCAAAGUAUUUUGGAAGUUGCCUUGAUCCCGAGUCUCCUAAACUUGUUAUAACGAAAUCAACAUUUGAAGAUAUGCCUUAUUAUCGUCUUCUUAUUUGGAAUAAAAUUGGAGAGCGUUACAGUAAUACUACACAUUUGAACGUCACAGGAAGAGCUCCUCUUGUUUCGACAGGUCACGAAAUCAAAGACAUUGUAAAACCUUGGUCGUUAAGAUUAAUUGGCAAAGUGAUUGUAUAUGAUCAAUCUCCUACAAUAGACACUUUUUACUGGACUAAAGAUGGGAAGAAAAUAAAAAAUUUAGAAGGAGGAGAUAAAUAUUCCGAAGGAAGCACUGAAGAUCCAUCACUCUUCAUCCAAAAUGUCAAUCCUCACGAUGUUGGCACUUACCGACUCACUGCCAUCAACGCCGUGGGAUCAAACGAGAGCAACAUUGUUCUAGGUGUUCCUCAAAUUUUUAUUAAAAGAAGUAAAAAUCUGCACGACGAUCAGUGUUUCACGGCGACAAUCAAGUCGAUCCCAGCAGCAUAUGAUGCCUAUUGGAAGGUAAAGCGCAAAGAUGACGAUUUGUUUUCACCAAUUGAUGUCAAUGCUGAGGAAUACAAAGGAACGUCCAGCUCUCUACCUUGUCUCGUAUUAGUUGUCAAAAAGAAUGAACUACUAGAAAGCCAACAAUUCUGUAUUGAAGUACAUAAUUUUGUUGGAAGCCAGAUCCAAGAAAUUUCAGCUGAGGAACAUGCUGAAAUCCCAGAUACAUCAUGCAGAACAAAAGAUGAUAUGUCAUCCAGUAUUUUCAAUAAAAAAGGAUUAACAAUACGAUUUAAUAAUCUCCGACUAAACCUCAUUAAGAGCCUCAAAGACAGAGAUACAGAUGUGCAUGAACUUAAAGAUUCACUUGAGGCGAUUACAUCGGAGAGAAGUUUAUUUCGUAAUGUAAACUCAAUUGAAGACUUUUUCCGUCAAAUGUUAGACAAAGGGGUGUUGAAUGAGCGCAACGUCAUCAUAGUACAGUAUUUGAUGAGGCAAAUAGGCCGUCCAGAUCUUGAAGAAAUGUGCUUUGAAUAUGCGUCCAAGAGCAAACAAGUUUUGUGUUAUCAUGAGAAUCCAAGGUGUCAAGACGAACCUAGGGUGUUAUUGCACGUAAACGACGACAUAGAACACUUUACUACUAUGGAAUCCCUUCUACAGACAGUUGCCAGCAUCGUGGAUUGUACGCUAGAUGAUAUCAAAAUUGUUAGAUUGCAGCCAGAUCAAAGUUUCAUCAUCAUUAUUACCAUGAGGGCAGAGUUUAUAAGUAUCCUGAAAGAUACAGAUCCACAUUAUCUCAGAAAAUUGUUACAAUUUAAUGUGGACUGGAUACAAAUUGAAAAAUGUGUUGUAAAGAUUGUCUCUGAAACCAGUUCCGACUCGGUAUGCGAUACGGACGGUAAACACAAACAACUUCCCCAGAUUGUUGGUCUGACAGAAUCGAACAACGUGGUAAGAACAAAAUAUGAGAAAGAAGCAAUGGAUUUCGUCCUCAGCUAUUUUGAUAAGUUAAGCACCGAUCGUCUUCGUGUUGGUGAAGACAAGACGGAAAUAGCACAGCAAGUCGAAAUUCCAGAUCAAGCUUUUUUGGACCCUAGCGAAGACAUAUCGGUGAUGUGCUCUAACGGUCCAGUCAGCACCCUCUCUGGGAUGGUCAGUAUAAGGUGUACACUAGGCACCCGUGAUGUCCCGACACUAGUUGGUCUGUAUAGGCCUCUGAUCGUUCGCUGUGCCCGGGGAAUAGAGCUACUCUUUCACUUAAAGGAUGCUAUUGAUGAGCAGGGCCGACAAGAAGUACGUCAAGCCAGCAGAACUCUAGGGGACAUCGCCUCUAUGGAAUGCUUGCUUACUCAUUUAGAAGUCAGCGAACAUCCUCAAAAAUGGAAAAUGUUUGUGGAUGCUUUGGAGAAUAAUGAGUACCACUACCUCGCGGACGCUCUGAAAGGCCAGGAAGUGCCAAGAGAUGUAUUCAUCAAAUUUCGGAAACUUUUGAUGGAACACAACCUUGAGUUCAUCGGACAAUUUAAUCCAACGGACGUCCUUCCAGAACUUAAUAGGAGGAAAGUAUUAAACGAUAUGGAUAAAGAAAAUAUUAUAGCAGAACAAAGGGCGCAGGGAAACAUGGGAGCCACAGGCGUUCUUCUUGAUCGAGUGUGGCGGCGGCAUACCAAUUGGUAUGAAGAAUUUUUGGAUGUUCUUUGCAAAGACUACCUGGAUAUUGUCAAAAGAAUGGACACGGAUUUUUAUGAGAGAUGGCAGAUAGCACACAACAGGCAAGUCGAACUUCCAGUAAAACAACUUGCCAGCUCUUCAGAAAUUAGCGACAGCAAAAAAGAGGAUUCAGAUAUGGCACCACCAGAAUCUUCACCUAGCUCGAACAGAUUGGAUUCUUUUGGCAGGAAGAGUUCUUCCUCAAUUCGUGAGGACUAUAUGUCAGCAACGGGUGAUCCCCAAAAUACCCUUGGUGAUCGCUCCACUCCCCCACAAGAUAGCAUUGCUUUUGAACCAAGUGGCGAGUUGACGUUGAAUAGCUUCAACAGUGAUUCUGGUGAUUAUGACGAUGAAAUAACUCACGUUAAGAGAAGGAUUGCAGAAGAACAACUAAAUUCACUGCAUUCAGUUCAGAAACGGGAACCGGAGGAUAAAUCUAUUGAAGAUUUGGGGAUUCCAGACACGUCAGGAGGUCAUACCUUGAGUUUUGUGUCAACCACAGGUUCAAGGUCAACAAAUCUGAGGGCAAACAUCCAGGCUGGUGACCAGGAAAACCUGAGUAGUAUUUCCUCCCUCAGCGGCGGUGCAACUUCAUCUUUGGUGGGCCGGCUGUUACAAAGUAUCGAGAACUGUGUCAAUGAAGAUUUACAGAGAGAAGGGGGCGCUGUUCCCAAUAUCGUAGGACCUGAACAUCCAAUCAUCGAUACAGAGUCUGUUGACGAAAACAACGAGAGUUCAGACGAAGAAGAACGCAUCCCUGCUAAACCUCUAAACUUGCGCAGCUAUCAAAUGGAGUUGGCGCAAGCGGCCCUGCAAGAUAAAAACUGCAUCAUCGUUGCUCCUACUGGAAGUGGAAAAACACAUGUUGCUAUGAAAAUCAUACAGAAUCAUCGUGAAAAACGGAGGCGUCUGAAUAUACCGAAAGUCGCUUUUUUAGUUGAACAAAGCGCUCUUGCAGAACAACAGGGAAAAGUUUGCAAAGAGUAUCUGGGUUGUAAAAUUAAGGUUAUCACUGGAGAGAAGCAACGCACAGAGAGCCUCCAGAGCCUUUCGUGUUGGAUUCAGAAAAAGGAUGUACUGGUCAUCACUGCACAGAUUUUGGUUAAUGCGUUGGCUACGGGGGACGUUCAGAUUGAAGCUUUCUCCUUGAUAGUUUUUGACGAGUGUCACCACUCGCACGCCAAGCAUCCAUACAAUCAAAUAAUGGCGUACUAUCUGGAUCUUAAGCUGGAAGAUAAGCACAAGCAACUCCCCCAAAUUGUAGGUCUGACAGCUUCAGUUGGAGUCGGUAAGGCGAAGAAUGAAGAGAAAGCAAUGGACUGGAUCUUUAGCAUGAUGGCCAACAUGGACGCCGAGGAACUUUGUGUUGUUGAAGAAAAUAAGGCGGAAUUGGCCCAACAUGUUAAUAUUCCAGAUCAAGAUGUGGUAAAAACUAACUCAAGAAAGAAAAACGACUUCGGGCGAAUCAUAGAUGGCAUCAUGAAGGCGAUUCAUAGAUGGAUGAAUCAAUCUAUACAUGCCAGGGCUCUGACGGACCAGAGUGUGCUGAAGCCCCCGGCAGAGUGUGGCAACGAUCAGUACACACAGUGGCUCAGUCGACUGUGGAAGGAGGGGGCAAAAAUAGUAGACGAGAAGGCCAGGCGCUUCAUCCAUUCCUGCAGAGUCAAUCUGGAUAUGUAUAACAAAGCCUUGAUUAUAUAUACCGAUGCACGCACCUCUGAUUCUCUUGCCUUCAUCAAAGAUGAACUGAAGCGUUGGGACGAACACCAAAUUCCUGACGAUACCGACAGAAAACUCAGAUCUUUCUUCGAAAAAACCCAAGGAAGACUACAGACAUAUACAAUGGAUCCAGAUCACAAUAAUCCAAAGCUAAUGGAACUACGGAGGUUGAUUUUACAAGCAUUUGGGAAUGAUGCUGAUUCACGAGGCAUUAUAUUUGUCAGAACCAGAGAUUUGGUUAAAGCAAUUCACCGUUGGAUGAUGGAAACGGAUGAUCUACGACAUCUCAAACCUGUCAUGUUUACUGGAGCGCAAGCCAAAAGCAGCGCAGGAGGAAUGACAAAGGUACAGCAGAUUGAUGCUCUAAGCCUGUUCAAGGAGGGUCGACAUAAGAUUGUCAUUGCUACAUCUGUGGCUGAGGAAGGCCUGGAUAUCCAGAAAUGUAAUCUUGUGAUUCGGUAUUCCUAUGUCAGUAAUGAGAUCGCCAUGGUCCAGGCAAGAGGAAGAGGAAGACGUGAGAAUGGAAAAUACUUUGUGGUGGCUGAACAGGGUGAUAAGACUGCUGAGAGGGAGGAGUUGAACAUCAUCAGGGAAGCUAUGAUGAACCGUGCCAUAGAGCUGCUGAGGGAGAAAUUCAGGAGGGAGCGGAGAGAAUGUCUGUACAUCAUACUUGGCUUGCAGAAAAAUGCUAAAACAGAGCGUGACCUUGCGGCGAAAAAUAAAGAAGGAUUCUUAGUCCGCCAGGGCGAAUACGUGCUCAGAUGUCAAAAGUGUAGUAAGUACAUAUGUAUGUCAAAUGAGGUCCGAAAGAUCCAGAACGCCCACCAUGCCUGUAUUUGUGACGACAUCAAAGAACGAGUCCUGGGGCAGCGCCUGCCCCGGCCCCAGUUCGAGGACGUGGACCUUAAGUGUGCCGUCGGCAAGCUCCUCUGUCGAUCCUGUGGGUCAGAUCUAGGAAAUAUCUCCAUCUACAAAAAUGCCCAGUUCCCGAUCCUGAAGAUAGAGGGGCUCUUGAUGGAGGACAAUAUGGGAAGACGAGACGUAAAGAAGAAGUGGAAGAGCGUGCCGUUCUUGGUGAAGGAGAUAACUGCUGAAGAUAUAUCGCAGCGGGCCCGUGGAGAGAAACUCAUUGAUAUGAUGUGAAUGAAUGUCAAAAAAUGAUGGGGAUGGGGCGGAAUUAGUUUAAGCAGCUUUCAGUGCAUUGUAGUUUCUGCUUGCAUACUGUUCUACACUUGUAAUGAAUUCUGACUUAAGACAUUCGAGAAUACUGCGGAGAUUUACCAGUUUUAUAAUAUACAUGUACAGUCAUUCGUUUUGCGUGACUGAAUAUCAUACAUUUUUAGCUAUUUGUAAAGAGGUAGAAAAAAUGAAAACGUAUUCUGUAUACACAAUUAUCAUACAUUGUAAAUUCUGAUUUGCUGGUGCACUUCAUCCUCUUUCGGACUAGUGUACGAAUUUUACCAUAUUCAAUAAUUAUGUAAAACAUAUUGCAUAUGUAUUUCUGUGUUGAUUUUCAUGUUGCCUCUAUUUUCUCGUUAUCUAUAUUUAUGAAUAAAAUCUAUAUGUAAUUAGCCGUCUCUACCUGUAAAUAGAUUUAAUGUAUUUAUGACAUUUUUAGGCAAAUGACAUAUAACAAUAUGUGGUUCUUUAAAUGAAAUGUAUAUUUGAAUGUUGUGAACAUGUUUAUUUAAUACUGAAAGCAAUUUGCAGUAAUAAGAAACACUUCUACAUGUAUAAUAAAGAUUAGAAUAGUAAUUACAUAUACACUGUUAUGGAACGAUCUGCCUCUUAGUAAAAAACGCGUUUGUGAAAGCAAGAAGCAUUGGCCACGUCGUGUAGACAUGGCAUUAUGAUUUAUCUUAAAUGUACAGUAUUUAUAAUAUUUUAUGAAUAAUUGUGAUAAAACUGUCUUUCAAUUUGUUAUACAUUAUGUAUGCACAUUCAUUUGAUGAAAUAAAUUAGUGAAUUGAUGAACACAACAUGUACAUGUAUAUUUGAACUAUUGUGCCAUUGUCUUACAGAUAUUUUCAGUAAAAAUGAAUUAAAUAAAUUAA